AUGACCGCGAAGAAGGUCGUCCGCGCCGGAUCCCGAUCCGUCGUCACGAGAGCGGAGGUGAAGGAGAUCCACAUGCCCGCGCUGUCGUCCACGAUGACCGAGGGCAAGAUCGUCAGCUGGCUCAAGGGCGAGGGCGACUCCAUCUCCAAGGGCGAAGCCGUCGUCGUCGUCGAGUCCGACAAGGCGGACAUGGACGUCGAGACGUUCUACGACGGCUACCUCGCGUACAUCGCGGUCGAGGACGGCGAGAUGGCGACCGUCGGCGCGCCGAUCGCGUACGUCGCGGAGACGGAAGGGGAGAUCGACCAGGCCAAGGCGAUGGCCGCUGCCGCGGGCGGCGGCGCCGCGCCCGCGGCGGCGCCCGCGCCCGCGGCCCCGGAGCCCGCGCCCGCGGCCCCCCCGCCCCCGCCCCCGGCCCCCGUCGCGGCGGCGCCCGCGCCCGCGCCUGCGCCGGCGCCGGCCGCGGCCGCGCCCGUCGCCGGCCGCCCCGACGGCCGCAUCAUCGCGACGCCGUACGCGAAGAAGCUCGCGAAGAAGCUCAAGGUGGACCUCGCCACCGUCGCGGGCAGCGGUCUGAACGGGCGCAUCACCGCCGGGGACGUGGAGUCUAAGGCGGGGGUGCCGUCGUCCACGGCGCCGAAGAAGGCGGCGGCGACGGCGCCCGCGGCGGCGGCGGCGCCGUCGGCGGCGUCGGCGCCCCCCGCGCCGCUCCCGGCGCCGGCGGGCGCGCAGACCCCGCUCAGCGGCAUGCAAAAGGCUGUCGCGAAGAACAUGAUGCCGAGCCUCCAGGUGCCGGUGUCCAGGAUCGCGAUGAGCAUGUGCACGGACGAGCUCGACGCGCUGUACAAGAAGGUCAAGCCCAAGGGCGUGACGAUGACGGCGCUCCUCGCGAAAGCCGUCGGCGUCGCGCUCGCGCAGCACCCGAUCAUGUACGCGUCGCCGGUGCCCGCCGGAGACGCGGUGGUGUACAACGAUAAGGUGAACAUCGCCGUCGCGGUCGCGCUCGAGAGUGGUCUCAUCACGCCCGUGCUCGCGGACACCGCGGGGACGGACGUGUACGAGAUUGGCAGGGUGUGGAAGGAUCUCGUGAAGAAGGCGCGCGGCGCCGGGCUCUCUCCGGCGGAUUACGCCGGCGGGAACUUCACGAUCUCGAACCUCGGGAUGUUUGGCGUGGACGCGUUCGACGCCAUCUUGCCUCCGGGGCAGGGCGCCAUCUUGGCCGUCGGCGCGGGUAAGCCGACGGUGGUUCCCGUGAACGGGAUGAUCGGCAUCAAGACGCUGAUGACGGUGAACCUCACCGCGGAUCACAGGCACAUCAACGGCGACGUCGCCGCCGAGUUCUUGAAGACGUUGAAGGCGGUCAUCGAGGAUCCGUCCGAGCUCGUGUAUUAA